AUGGCUAUGCAAACCAUUAUGGAGGAUGGCGAAAGAAAUCAACCGACUAAUACUUCUAUGCUGUAUCAGAUUCAUAGGCCAGAUUCUGGUUGGCGCUAUCCUGAACAAAGCUUUAGUAUAGGCUAUACACUCGGAAGUACUUCUCAACCUAAUCUACUGUACCCUCCCGUUCAUCAAGAAACACCCAGUCAUAUUCCCAAUAUUCCAGGUACAAACCCUCAACCUCAACCAUCCUAUAUGACAACACAAUCUAUUCCAUUCGACGUCCCAUAUCCUCCAAUUAACCCUCCAUAUCUGAUUCCUCAACCACCCGUCGAUAAUCCUCAAAUAACUCGAUGGAAUCCCGACCCAUGUACACCCUGGAACGAGUUUCAAUGUAUGGAACCCCUUGCAUUGGAUUAUAUGGACCAACCUUCUCAGUAUUUGCGAGGACAGAGUCAUCUACGUACACCUGUGUCAAUUCUUCAAGCAAUCGAAGAAGAAGAGGCAUGGGAAAACUCACCUGUAGGUUCAAUUCACCCUACAACACGGCAUACUAGAUUUGCCCUGACAACAGAGGAAUCAACCAAGCGUAAUUGA